AUUGCCGUGUAUAAACAAGCCUCGACCUCCUUCGUUCCAACCUAAAAAUAGAUUUUGAAAGAGAGAGAGAGAGAGAAACGGCGGGAUAGCGGCUAGGGUUUAUCUGUUCGCCUUGCUUCAGAAAUCUUUCAAACAAUGUCUCGUGUCUAUGUGGGUAAUUUGGACCCCCGCGUUUCUGAACGCGAUCUUGAAGAUGAGUUCCGUACUUUUGGAGUGAUAAGAAGUGUAUGGGUUGCACAGAGGCCACCAGGGUACGCCUUUAUUGACUUUGAUGAUAAAAGAGAUGCUCAGGAUGCAAUUCGUGAAUUAGAUGGCAAGAAUGGUUGGAGAGUUGAGCUCUCUCACAAUUCAAGGGGUGGUGGUGGUGGUGACCGUGGUCGUGGAGGGGGUCGUGGCCGUUUUGGGGGUUCUGACUUGAAGUGUUAUGAAUGUGGUGAACCUGGUCACUUUGCUCGUGAAUGCCGCACUCGGGUUGGUUCAGGAAGAAGACGUAGCCGCAGUCCUAGGUAUCGCAGGAGCCCAAGCUAUGGGCGAAGGAGUUAUAGCCCCCGUGGACGAUCUCCCAAACAUCGCAGUCCUUCACCUCUCGGGCGUAGCGACAACAGGUCUCCAGCUUAUCGUGGACGUGAGGAGGUUCCAUAUGCCAAUGGCAAUGGGCUGAGAGAUCGUCGUCGUAGCAGGAGCUAAGUUGUCUUAAUCAAUAGGUCGUUGAGAUUAAGUAUGUUUAGUGUGUGAACUUCAGUUCAACUAUCUUUAAAUGGGUUCUCAGCUACUUGGAUAAGUUUUCUUCUUACUUUUGUCACUGCUGGUUAUUUUUCAUUAUAAGGUAUGUGGAAUAGCUGUUUUUUUCUCUCUCGAUGUUGUUGGAUAUGGAGGUAAUUUGUUCUAAACAGUGUUUGCUAAAAGUUUAUGCUUUUUCUUUUUUGUGUUGAGGUUUCUUCUGGUUCUCCUCAUUGGUUUCUGCUUCCAAGCUGAGGCUUAAUUGUUGUUGGCUGCCCUGCUUUGGCAUCUUCAAUUUUAUGAUUGUCGUCUUAGCUGCCUACGUCUCUAGAUGCUUCUCUUUGAUUGAACUCUGCCGAUGUGAUCUGCGUCCCUCAAUCUCUAGUGGCAUUUCGUUUACUUAACCUUAAAAGGAUUCGGAGCUGCUUCAAAUGCUUCUGGCAGGUACAUCCGUUCACAGAAGUCAGGUUUUGGGUUCUUGGAAGAAUAUUUGUUUGACUUUUCUUUUGGUUGUUUUUUUAACUUUUAUUUUCUAAGUCGAUAUGCCUUUUGAAAUUUACUGAUGAUAGUUGGAUGUCUUGGAAUUGCAUUUGGCACAUACGGGUUAAUCUCCUUUUAUUGUUUUCUUACUGUUUACUAUUUUGGUGGGGAAUUGGUGAUUUUUCAAAAGGGUUUUUCGGGUCUUCCUUCUAUUUAGUUGCUGUGCAGAAGUCUUAAAAAAAAUUAAAUGCUUUCACUUUUUAUUCUAUGGAUUUGAAGGUUGCUCAGCCGGCUGGCAAACUUUUUUUUUUCUUUUGUAUGUAAUUGCAAUUGAAGUUCGUUUAUUCCAUAUCCUGCCUUUUCCUUCUCUCUCUUACAUGUGUCGUUUCUGGAAUUGGGGGAGGAGGUUGUCUUACUGCAUUCUUCAUAUUUUAUGGUAAUUGAAUAUAUGUUGUGAUGCCUAGUGGAAGAGGUUUUAUCACGAGCUGAGGGUCCUCUCCCAAUUUUGGCGUCAUAAGGUGUUUCUAUUUAGUACCUCCGUCUUUUCGUCUGUUGUGUAUGCAUAUGUGAGGAUUACUUGUUGCAAUUAUUUUUAUGAGCAUAUGUCGUUAAUUAGUGUGUUGCCGUUCUUUUGAUGCCUGGAAAGGUUGAUGGAAAAUGGUUGAAGAGUAAAUGGACUCAAUCCAUUUUUCAGUCGAGAAGAAAUGUUCGGAGGGGUUUUGUUUGUUGGGACUGCUGUUUCCGUUCGUCUUCUCGAGUGAGGAACCAUAAUGAACUUAUUAAGGAAGGUGAUUAUGACACAUCGAUUGCCAACAUACGUAGUGGUCGAUUUGAUUACAGUUUACUUGUGAAGAAAUUUUUUUUUGGCAAAUUGCUGAUUGUUUUUUCCAUGGAAAAAUGGUGAACCAAGGUUGCAUUUAGUCAAAUGUUAUAUGAAGAAUUCAAUUUCCAUGGGUGGCA